GCAGACCCAGCACACGAGACUUGCGGCGCGGGGUAGUGUGUCUGUGGUGCGGGAGGAGGGUGACAGAGAUUGAUGAGCCAGGUGGCUCUGCCUACUGCACAGAGACGGGACGGGGGAGGCAGCCGGAGGCUGGAAGAGCCCAUUCGGGGCAGGGAGGAAGACGCUGCAGGCCGGCUCUAGUGCAGGAGCGGGGGAAAGGGGGACAGCAGAGCAGCCACCCAGCACAGCAGCGACACCACCACCAGCACAGCAGCAGCAGUAGCCGCCUGGGUGAUCUGGGCAAACAUGGUCGCUGCUCACACUUCCCAUUCUUCCUCCUCCAACGAGUGGAUCGCUUGCCUGGAUAAAAGGCCUUUGGAGCGUUCCAGUGAAGAUGUAGACAUUAUUUUCACCCGGCUGAAAGAAGUAAAAGCUUUUGAGAAAUUUAACCCAAAUCUUCUCCAGCAAAUAUGUCUCUGCGGCUACUAUGAAAACCUGGAAAAGGGAAUUACACUAUUUCGUCAAGGUGAUAUUGGAACAAAUUGGUAUGCUGUGCUGACAGGAUCUUUGGAUGUUAAAGUUUCUGAUACAAGCAACCACCAGGAUGCUGUGACAAUAUGCACCUUGGGAAUAGGAACAGCUUUUGGAGAGUCGAUUUUGGAUAACACCCCUCGCCAUGCUACUAUUGUUACAAGAGAAAAUAGCGAGCUUCUUCGAAUUGAGCAGAAGGAUUUCAAGGCACUUUGGGAGAAAUAUCGACAAUAUAUGUCAGGACUUCUGGCUCCUCCUUAUGGUGUUAUGGAAACUGGCUCCAGCAAUGACAGGAUGCCUGACAAGGAGUCUAGUAGUAGUCUCUGCUCAAUCUCUAAAAACUGCAACAAGACUUCUUUCACUGAACAUCACAUGCCGCUACGUGCCACUAAAACUAUUACAGAGGUUCCAUCAGAAAAAAUCCUCAGAGCUGGAAAAGUGUUACGGAACACUAUCCUUUCCCGAGCUCCUCACAUGAUAAGAGAUCGCAAAUAUCAUCUGAAGACAUACAGACAAUGCUGUGUAGGAACAGAACUGGUGGACUGGAUAAUGCAACAAAGUUCAUGUGUUCAUUUACGGACACAGGCUGUUGGCAUGUGGCAAGUUUUGCUGGAGGAAAGGGUUCUCAAUCAUGUUGAUCAGGAACAACACUUCCAGGACAAAUACUUGUUUUAUCGAUUUUUGGAUGAUGAACAUGAGGAUGCCUCAAUGCCAACGGAGGAGGAGAAGAAAGAAUGUGACGAAGAACUACAAGACACCAUGCUCCUGCUCUCUCAGAUUGGACCAGAUGCUCAUAUGAGGAUGAUUCUCAGAAAGCCGCCUGGCCAGAGAACCGUUGAUGACCUAGAAAUCAUCUAUGAAGAGCUUCUGCAUAUUAAAGCGUUAUCUCAUCUCUCAACUACAGUAAAGCGGGAGCUCGCGGGUGUUCUGGUGUUUGAAUCGCAUCCCAAAGCAGGAACUGUCUUAUUUAAUCAGGGAGAAGAAGGAACUUCGUGGUACAUUAUUCUAAAGGGAUCAGUCAAUGUAGUCAUUUACGGAAAGGGUGUGGUAUGUACCCUACAUGAAGGCGAUGAUUUCGGCAAGUUAGCAUUAGUGAACGAUGCUCCAAGAGCGGCUUCCAUUGUUCUUCGUGAAGAUAACUGUCACUUCUUGAGAGUAGACAAGGAAGACUUUAACAGGAUACUCCGGGAUGUCGAAGCAAACACAGUGCGACUCAAGGAACAUGAGCAAGAUGUCUUGGUACUGGAGAAGAUCCCAGCAGGAAACAGGGCUUCCAACCAAGGAAACGCACAGCCUCCUCAACACAAGUACAUUGUGAUGUCAGGAACUCCAGAGAAAAUUUUGGAACACUUCCUAGAAACGAUGCGUCUUGAAUCAACAUUAAGUGAAGGAACGGAUACUGGCAUACAUGAUUUUGUUAUGAUGCACUGUAUUUUCAUGCCAAAUAGUCAACUUUGUCCAGCUUUAAUGGCUCAUUACCAUGCUCAGCCUUCUCAAGGUACAGAGCAAGAAAAAAUGGAUUAUGCCCUAAACAACAAACGGCGAGUCGUUCGCUUAGUUCUGCAGUGGGCUGCUUUGUAUGGAGAUAUUCUGCAAGAGGAUGAAGCAGCAAUGGCCUUUCUGGAGGAGUUUUAUGUCUCUGUGUCAGAUGAUACAAGGAUGAUUACAGCACUCAAAGACCAGCUCCCAGAACUAGAAAAGACUAUGAAACAAAUAUCAGAAGAAGCUAAAGCACCUCAGAAAAAGCACAAAGUUCUUUUGCAGCACUUCAACACGAGCGAUGAAAGAACUCAAAAGCGCCAGCCCAUCAGGGGGAGUGAUGAAAUUUUGUUCAAGGUGUACUGCAUCGAUCACACCUACACCACCAUCCGCAUUCCAGUGAUGUCCUCUGUUAAGGAAGUCAUCAGUGCCAUAGCUGACAAACUGGGCUCUGGAGAAGGCUUGAUAUUAGUCAAGAUGAGCUCAGGAGGAGAAAAGGUGGUACUCAAACCUAAUGAUGUUUCGGUGUUUACAACUCUCAGCAUCAAUGGACGUCUCUUUGCUUGUCCUCGAGACCAGUUUGACUCGCUGACGCCAUUACAGGAACAAGAAGGCCCAUCUGCUGGAACUAUGGGAGCGUUUGAACUCAUGAGCUCCAAAGACUUAGCAUACCAAAUGACAAUUUAUGAGUGGGAACUUUUCAACUGUGUGCAUGAGUUGGAGCUGGUCUACCACACAUUCGGAAGGCACAAUUUAAAAAAAACCACAGCCAAUUUGGAUUUGUUUUUACGGAGGUUUAAUGAAAUCCAGUUCUGGGUAGUCACAGAGAUAUGUCUUUGUUCUCAGCUCAGCAAACGUGUUCAACUCUUAAAGAAGUUUAUUAAGAUAGCAGCUCACUGCAAGGAAUACAAAAAUUUGAAUUCCUUUUUUGCUUUAAUUAUGGGAUUAAGCAACGUUGCAGUGAGCCGCCUCACAAUGACAUGGGAGAAACUUCCAAGCAAGUUCAAGAAGAUCUAUGCAGAGUUUGAAAGCUUAAUGGACCCCUCAAGAAACCACAGAGCCUACAGAUUCACUGUAGCUAAGCUGGAGCCUCCUGUUAUCCCUUUUAUGCCUUUACUUAUAAAAGACAUGACAUUUACUCAUGAAGGGAACAAGACAUUCAUCGACAAUCUAGUAAACUUUGAAAAAAUGCGCAUGAUCUCUAACACCAUCAGAACAGUGAGAUUCUGCCGGAGCCAGACUUUCAAUCCUGAUGCAUCUCUGGCAAAUAAGAACCAUCAGGAUGUCCGAAGUUAUGUACGACAAUUAAGUGUGAUUGACAACCAGAGGACUUUAUCACAGAUGUCACACCGACUAGAGCCACGGCGUGCUUAAAUGGUUCAAGUAAUUACACCUCCCUUUUCUCCAGUACAAGGUCAUUUGUUUAAAAGGCCACCUCUUUCUGCUACUGCACUGCCACUGCAAAUAUAAGCAACAACAGAUUCUAAGAUCAUAGGUAAUUAACGCACAAAAUACCACCAUCUGAGAAAUGACAGAGGAGUUUGGCUGUUAGAGAGAGAAUUCAAUGUAGCUGGGAGGCUGCUGCGUGUCGUAUAUUCUUAGUUAAUUUUGAAGCAUACUAAAAGUCUUGUACAUAAUAGAAAUUGAGAGAGAGCGAGAGCGCGGGAGGGAGAGAGGGAGGGAGAUUCCAAAAGCAAACAGUUUAAAUAGCUGGUGAAAAAUGAACCGAAACCUUCUGCCAUUUCCAAGGAAUGUACAGGUGGGUUCUCUUAUUUAAUAAAAGGAAUUGCAAUGUUUUCUAAUCCAUUAUGAAAUCCAAGCCAAAUUUUGCCAUGGGUUUUGCAUGUUCAGCUCACAUGAACUUCAGUAGCAAAAAAUAACUAAUGGCAGAAAUUAGGAAUUAGGUACAGUAAUAAACUACCAUGGCUUUAGUAUUCAGGGAAUAGUUAAACGCUUUUCCUUGCACGAGAAGUAUAUUUUUAAAAAAAUUAAAGUCAGCUCUUAACCACAUUUGCCUUACAUAGGUAGAGCAGUGUGGCCAUUUAAGUUUACCUUAGGACUGAGUGAGUCUAUAAUACAUAGGUACAUAUUUGUUUACAUUUCAUCACUUCUUUUGGCUUUUCUUUAAAAAGAAAAACUGCCAAUCAGGAUUUUACAAAAUGCCAGUACAAAAGUGAUGCAGUUUUCAAGAAACAGCAUCAAAAGCAGCAAAAAACAACAACAAAACAUUUUCUUCAAAAGGAGCACAAUAUGCACAAAUAUUUCAAGACAUUUUCCUGGACAAUGAAACCUUUGACAUCAGCUACCGUUGUGGCUGAUUAGCUCAUUUUUUUCUGGACGUUAAUCUUUACAAAUUAUGUCCUAAUUUUCAGGAACUGUUUUGCACUUUUAAGUAGGCAGUAUACAGAAAUGUUAAUUCAUUGUGUGUUGUUAUUUAUGUGUUAGUUGUGGCAUAAUAAUUAUUUUUUAUCUAUUUUAGUUAGCAUGUAAUUGAAGUACAAUAUGGUCUUUGUACUUAAGUCUACAUCUCUAGGAAACUAGAAAUGUGUCUCCAAACUAGGAGAAAUGUGUUGUAUGUUUUAUGUAAAUAAAAUGCACUAUCAGAAUUAAAUGUAACUGCCAAGGAAA